AUGUGUAGUCAUGAAUAUUCUACGGAGAUGAGUUGUGAUUUUGAACCAGGAAAAGAAUGUGGAGUUCUUUUUUUAACGAUGAAAUUUCAUAGAUUAAAUCCAGAAUAUAUUGAGGCACGAUAUGGACACUUGUCAGCAUACAAAAUAAAGAUUCUUCUAUUUUUAUUAAAUCUACCUGAUGGUGACAAAAGUCUUCAUGAUGUCAAUUCAAUAUGCCAACGACGUGGAUGGUCACUUAUAAUUUGUUAUAGUUUUCAGGAGGCAGCAGAAUAUCUUGAAAAUCUAGCAAAGGCAUCUCAACACAAUGAACAAACAAUUAUGAAACAGUAUCAGGAUUAUAAAAAAAAUGUUCAAACAUUAAAAAAGAAACAAUGUAAUGUUGUUGAAGAGGAAGAUUCAAACAAAGAAAUAUGCAAAAUAGCUUUAAAUUUUUUGACAUCUAUUCGUUCUAUAAAUACAAGUGAUGCAAUGAGUCUUUUAGAUAAUUUUGGUUCAAUACGUAAAAUCUCAGAUGCCACUGAAGAGGAAUUAUGUGCUGUAUCAGGGUUGGGGAGAAUAAAAGCAAGAAAUAUUGUUAAUUUUUUUAAACAAUCUUUUUUGAAACAAUAUGGAAAAAUAAGAUGA